AUGAGUAAUAGAAAAGGAGGGAAAAAAUUCUUAUAUGAAGAUUAUGAAGAUUAUGACGAAGAAAAUUACAUAGAAUAUGAAUUCAAAGAAAAUGCAAAUAAUGGAAAGAAUAAAAUUCGCAAUAGUAAUAAAAAUGAUAACAAAUGCAAAAGUGAGAGCAAUAGCAUUCCUGUAAAACAUACAAAAAUGAAAGAAAAAGCAAACAAUAAAAACGAGGUAAACAUUGUGAUGAAAGCUGAUAAAGAUGAAAAAAGUUCAAAAUAUAUAAUGCUUGGUACUUUGAAUAUUCUUGUAUUGGGCCAUAUCGACGCAGGGAAAUCUACAUUAAUAGGCGCGUUACUAUAUAAUUUAAAUUAUGUAAAUGAUCAAAUUCUAAAAAAAUAUGAAAAAAUUAGAGAAAGUUCUAAGUAUACUUAUAUAUUAGAUGAAGAAGAUGAACGCGAAAGAAAUAUAACACUUUUUAAUAAAAGAAAAGAAUUUUUUAUAUUUUAUACUAACAAUGAUAUUAAUCAAUCUUUUUGUGAUAUAAUAUAUAGUAAAAAAUCCUGUGAAAAUAUUUACAUUAAUAAAAAUAUUUUUGAAGAUUUAUAUAAAAGAAAUGUUAUACAUAAAGAUAUUGUAUGUUUUCGAAAAGUUAAUAUUUUUGACACCCCAGGGCAUAAUGAAUUAGUAAAUAAUUUGCAUGCUUGUAGUUUUUUUGCAGAUUGUGCUAUAUUAGUAGUUGAUGCAAAUAAUAUUUAUAAUAAAAAAAAUGAUGAAACGUACAGAAAUGUAUGUAUAUUAAAAUCUGUAGGUAUUUCGAAUAUUAUAAUAGUAAUAAAUAAAAUAGAUUUAUUUGAUUAUGAUGAAAAAAUUUUUAAUGAUAUAUGCAAAACGAUUAAAACAUAUUUUGAAUGUGAAAAAAAUGAUAGUAUAUAUGAAUUUAUUUGUGAUAAUAAUUUUUAUUUACAAGAAAAAUAUCCUCAAAAUAGUGAUACUAAAAAUUUAAUUCAUAAAACAAAAUUUUUUGAAAGAAAUUUAAUUUUUAUACCUAUUUCUGCAUAUAAAAAUGAAAAUAUCGUAAAAUUUGAAAAAAGUAAUAUACCAUUAUUUAACAAAAAUUAUUCUUUAUAUGAUGAAAUUAAAUUUAUAAAUUUAAAAAGAGAUAUGUUUUUGUUAAAAGUAUGCCAUGAACAUUUGUCUAAUUUCAAAACAUGUCAACAAAUGUGUUACUACAAUUUUAUUCAUAAUGAUGGCAUUGGUAAUAGCAAAUUGGAUAAUCUUAAUGAAUUUCUUUUUGCAAAUAAUAUUUUUUAUAAUAGAAAAAAUAAAUCUGAAAUAUCUUUAAACCCAGUUAAAAAAUCGUUAAAUGAAAAUAAUAACACAUUUUUAGGGAUUAUUCAAGAUUACACAGAAUCGAAUAAUAUGAUAAAAGCAAGCAUUAAAAUAUUAAAUGGGUUUUUAAAAAUAAAAAAUAAUUAUACGAUUUUACCAUUUAAAGAAAAAAUUAUUAUUAAAAAUAUUGAAAAAAAAAAUAGUCUUUUUAAAUAUAUUAAUAUAAAUGAUUUAUGUGAUUAUUUAUUAAGUGUGAAAGACUUUAAUUAUAUGGAAAACAUUUCAUUAAAUUUACCUAAUUCUACAACCACUUUAAAUGAGCAAACUGAAAUGAAAGAAAAAAAUGUACAUGAUACAAAUGCUUCUUUUCAAAAUAAUUUUAUUAAUUUUAUUAAAAUUUUAUCUGAAAUUGCAAAAAAAUGCACAGUUAAUGAAUGUGUCAAUAUAAAUGAUGAUAUUGUAGAUAAUGUGUUUAUAAAAAUCGAUGAAAAUAAAAUAAUUAACGGUUCUUUGUUAGUUAGUAAUACAACAACAGAUAUUCAAAUUAAUUCUCCAUAUACUAUAAAUAACAUUUUUACUUAUAAUAAAUUAAAAGCCUUAAUAAAAAUUAAUGAUAUAAAAAUACCUUUAAUAAUAGGAAGAAAUUAUUUGUUUUAUUCUUUGAAUUAUCUUCACAGUGUAACAAUUAAAAAUGUCUACUAUGUAUAUAAAACUAAAGAUUCAUCAAAUAAUUAUACCAUAUCAAAUAAUAAGUUAAAAAUAGAUUGUAAUGAACACAUUUCUACACAAAUUGGUGACUUAAAAAAUUAUAAGAAAAAAAAUAUGAUUUUUUAUGAAAAAACAGAAUGUAAAAAGUGCUGCUUACGUAGUUAUGAUAUAGGAAUUGUUGAAAUACAAAUUAAUAACAAUACAUCAGUAUGCACACAAUAUUUCAGAAAUGAACUACAAUAUUUUAUCACUUCAGAUGGAGCUUUUUUUAACGCUUAUGAUUUCUUGUCAUUUUCAAUAUCUCCUUUAUCCCGUUUUAUUUUAUCUGAAGAAAAUAAAAUUGUUGCUAGUGGUUUAGUAUUGAAAUAA